AUGAACAUCUCUCACUUCCUGGCCUUGCUGCUCCCAGGAUCCCCACAGGGUCAAAAUAGGAGCAGGUCAGGGGGCAUUCCAUACAACUUCUCCGACCACUGCCAGGAUUCUGUAGACCCCAUUGUAUUUAUUGUCGCUUCUUACAGCAUCGAGACUGUUGUGGGGGUCCUGGGCAACCUCUGCCUGAUAUGUGUGACCAUUAGGCAGAAAGAGAAGACCAAUGUGACCAACCUGCUCAUUGCCAACCUGGCUUUCUCUGACUUCCUCAUGUGCCUCCUCUGUCAGCCACUCACGGCCAUAUACACUAUUAUGGACUACUGGGUCUUUGGGGAGGCCCUUUGCAAGAUGUCAGCUUUCAUCCAGUGUAUAUCAGUGACAGUCUCCAUUCUUUCGCUUGUCCUUGUGGCCCUGGAGAGGCAUCAGCUCAUCAUCAACCCAACAGGUUGGAAGCCCAGUGUCUCCCAGGCCUACCUGGGGAUUGUGGUCAUCUGGCUCAUCGCCUGCCUCCUCUCCCUGCCCUUCCUGGUCAACAGUGUCCUAGAGAAUGUCUUUCACAAGAACCACUCCAAGGCUGUGGAGUUUCUGGCAGAUAAGGUGGUCUGUACAGAGUCCUGGCCGCUGCCUCACUACCGCAUUGUCUACACCACCUCCCUGCUGCUCUUCCAGUACUGCAUGCCCCUGGCCUUCAUUUUGGUCUGCUAUGUCCGAAUCUACCAGCACCUGCGGAAGCGGAAGCGGGUGUUCCGCAAGGGUACCUACAGCUCGCGGGCUUGGCAGAUGAAGCGGAUCAACGGGAUCCUCGUAGCGAUGGUGGUUGCCUUUGCCGUGCUCUGGCUGCCCCUGCAUGUGUUCAACAGCCUGGAGGACUGGUACCAUGAGGCCAUCCCCAUCUGUUAUGGCAACCUCAUCUUCUUGGUGUGCCACCUGCUUGCCAUGGCCUCUACCUGUGUCAACCCUUUCAUUUAUGGCUUUCUCAACACCAACUUCAAGAAGGAGGUCAAGGCCCUGGUGCUGACAUGUCAGCAGAGUGCCGCUGUGGAAGAGUCUGAGCAUCUGCCCCUGUCCACAGUGCACACGGAAGUCUCCAAGGGAUCUCUGAAGUUCAGUGGCAGGUCCAACCCCAUUUAGCCAGGUCUAGGGCUUCUCCCUGCCAUGGUCAUUGCCAAGCUCCUUCACUUAGCCAAGUGGGCCAAUUGCAUCAUUACUGGCAUCAUUACUGGCAUUCUGGUGGAUGCCAUCCUUAUUACUGGCUUUCUGGAGCCCAGAGAGGCUACCAAGAACCCAUUUUUGCAACCAUUUGCAUUGUGAAGACUGACUUUCAGAUGGUUCAGCCAUUUGUUCCUGGGAGAAUUCUGAGCAUGGAUUCUGCAGGUCACAGAGUGCCUUGCAACCUGAGCAGGUGCCAGAGCCAGAGAUGGUCUGCUUGUUGCAGAUGCUCAGCCUGGGAGCUCAAGGGUUUUAUCUCCACUGGUGAGACUGGGAGGUAGAGUGAGGGAAGGAGCAGAGAGGGUCAAAGCUCUGGACCUUGGUCAGCCCUUCACUUCUUGGAGAGGCAAUGUUUGUGGGCAGGCUUUGUAAGUGGUAAAGAGGUCUAUGAAGGCAAGUUAGCACAUCCAGUUGCAGAGAAUGGAGGCUGGUAAACUUGGGUCCUCAUGUACCUCUGCAGGAGGAAAUUUAGCCCCAAGCAGCAGGAGUCCCGGCAUUCACAUCCCGCUCCAUCCUUCUCUUUCACUGCCUCUGCCACUUCCUGUGGAAAUAAACCUGCCAGCAUCUCCCCUUGAUAAGCACCUUGAGGGAGACAUCUGCAUUGUCAUAGAGCUUGUCCUCCAUGCCUAGGACAGGACUUGGUGCAGGGAGAGGGAUCCAGCAAGAUUUGCCACGGUAGGCUGAUGAUCAACCUACCCCUGCUGAGUGCUCCACUGAGCAUAGGCACCCUGUGCCACGGUCCAGCAUUGGAAGGACUCAGAUUGCUGUCGCCACACUCUUUACCUAAACUUCCUAGACUUUAGGGCCUCCCUUGAUUAGGCCCAAGGCCAGAGACUCUGUGACCCUCCCCCGUGUUGACCUACUGACAAUGCUGACGGCACUCAAGGUUGUGACUCCAGCCUCCAAUCCGCACUCUGACCACUAAGCUGACUUGCUCUAGGUGAUGUGCACUGUUGUUCCAAAGCCUCUCCAGGCCUUCAGUAGGGGCAGGGGCAGGGGGUUCUUGAGUUUGGCACUGGCUGAAGCCCACCAGGGAAAAUGGAGAAAGGGCUAUAAUGAAUGUGAAUAUCUCACUUAUGGAGGUCUUGCCCCAGUCUUCUGGCUGCUGAGCCAGAUCCAAGGCUUUAUCUCUGUGUGGACUAGACAGGCCAAGGUUGCCUCUGGGACACUUUCAAUGGGUUGCCCAGGUCUGGCCCUGCCUGCUCAGUCCCACCUAUCCUCUGGCAGAAUGGGCAAUGUCUAGACCCACCAUGGCCUCCGGGGACAGGGUGUUUAGGUGCCCGGAGCCCUCAAGGAGUCUCAUUGGGAGGCUGCUAGGACCGCUGUUCACAGGACAUCUGACAGGGGCCAGGCAGCAGAAGAUUGAAAAGUCAUGUCUGACUAUCUCUCUGACCUGGCCCCUGACCAAGAACUUGUACAACUGACAUUCAAGACACAUGAUCUUUGAGCCACCAGCUCCCUUCCUGGAGCUGUUUAUUUCUUCCCAGCUUUUGGUCACAUCUCUCAUUCUGUUCCUUUGUUGACCUUUGCCCUGGCUUUUGGGAUAGAUUUUGAGCCACUGUAUUGGGCAUGGCUUGUGCUUGUCCUCUGGUGCCAUCUGCUGCUGGCUGCUCCAGGUAACCACCUACCAGCAAAGCCCAGACCCUGGGGCCCAUCCCAGCAAGAUGUCAUUGACCAAGCUUCCCAAUGAAGGUGGGGGCCUCAGAGUCCAUGCAAUACCUGGAGUUUAUGCCUCAUCACUCAUCUCAGUGGUGCCAAGAUGCUUGGGAACAAGGAUGCUUUAGGGUGCCCACAUGCUUGAGGACAGGGGGACUGAACUGGGCAUCUGGCAAAGGUGGUUGGCAUUAGGAAUUGGGGUAGUGGGUAAAAGCUUUGGUGAGUGUCUUCUGUGCUCUCCUCACCUUGCUUGGUUUGACACAGUUACCUGGAUGGCUGUCUCCUGCUCCCAGGUCCUAACGACCCUUGGAGUUGUCUGGUUCCCCAGUACCCUGGGACUGUGCUGCUCAAAGUAUGCUCAGAAGACCAGCAGUGUCAGCAUCACUUGGAACUUGUUAAAUAUGGGGAGUUCCUAUUCCCACCUGAGACAUACUGAAUCAGAAUCGGCAUUUGACCAAAACCCCUAUGUUAAUGGUGUACACGUUCAAGUUGGAGAAGCUCUGCUCUAGGAAACAGAGUGCCUGGAUCCUGGAGCCACUCAGUGAGCACCUGUGGACACCCACUCUGGGAGCUUGAAUAGAGCUCUAGGAAUCCUAGUUCUGGAAAUAAGGCUUUAAAAUGGUAUUGCUGGAAAGGUGGAUCAUUCCAUUGUGGUAGUUUGUCUCUUCUCUAUCUGCAUGUGGACAUAUUUCUUCUGAGACCGGUUCACUCCUCAAAUAAAUAUUUGCAAAAUGAA